GGAAGUGUAACAGUGUUUCGGCUAAGCUCCGGUUUCCGAUUCUCAAAGUGAAGCAGCUGUAACAACAGGACAUAACUGCAACUCUUUCUGGGCUUACUGUGAAAUGGCAUUCCACACGAAAGACAAAGACGCUUACCAAAGACUGAACUAUCUUUACCAGGCUGCACAUUGUGUUUUAUCUCAAACCCCGGAGAAUGUGGAGCUGGCUCGUUUCUACUGCUUCACACAGAAGACCAUUGCAAGACGUUUAGUUCUUAGACAAGACCCAUCAGUGAAGAGACAAUUAUGCAAGAAGUGCUGCUCAUUGCUCAUCCCUGGUGUCACUGCCACAACAAGACAACGAAGGAAGAAACACAAGACUCGCUUUACUGUUGUGAAGUGCCUCAGUUGUGGCCAGAGCAAGAUGUUACUGAAUAAUCCAGAUUAUUGUUUAUGGGUAGAUCGUCCCGAGGCUCAGAUGGAGCAACAAAAGCAGCCAGAUUCAAGCCCUUCUCUUAAGAAGACGCCAAAAGAUACAACGCCUGAUGGGACAGUGUCUUCUAAACCUAGUGGCACCCAGAGCACCGCCAGCACGUAACUGCAGUUAACCUGUUCUGACUGCGAUAAAUGAAGGACUGAUAUUUGUCUUUUUUCAUUUUCUUAUUUAAAAAUGUGUACUGUUUUUGAGUCACUUAUAUCCAUAAUUUGAGGAACUAGUUUGAUGUUAUUUGAAUGCAAACUUUCCACGUCAGUGUUAUUUCCGCAGUGUGUUUAUCAAUCUGUUGAUCACAGUGUCAUUUUUUAUGCUACCAACAGAUGGCCACAAUGUGGUCUGCACAGUGGAUUUCACCAACACUAGUGUUGGGUUUUUUCCCCCCAAAAGAAGCUUAAUGAAAACAGCUGUCAAAGAUGGAAAACUUCUGUCAUUAUUAUUUUAUGCUUAAUAUUUUACACAGUCUGUACAGACAUGUAACUUCUCCUCGAGAUAAAUACCUAUUGACCAUUAA